UUGACAGGCAAGUAGCUCACAUGUGCUACAGAUUGAGGGAAAAAGAUUAAAAUCCAAGGAUUUCUGCUGAUGUAGCAGACAUUUUUUGCCAGGACAACUCUUACGACCCUCAGUUAGUUUUCCGACAUUGGUGUCGUUACUCACUGAUCCACUUUUCUUAUCUUUCAGCAAGCUAAAUGAAUGACUAGCACUUACCAAAUCGUUGCUCUCCCUUUGGACUAAGUACUACUGUUUGGUGGACUUCAUGUGUGCCCUGUCUGUUAUCCAACAAUGAGGAUACCUUUUUUGUUUAUCACAAGAAGGUGUAAAGCUUUUCGCAGUCUGCAACAAAGCCCCUUUUUGUCACCCAUUUCAGCUCAAUUGAGGCAUCAGAGGAUCGCUGUUUUGAGACACACCAGCACCCAUCUGUGCAAAGAUGAAGGGAGUUAUUACAUCACCACCCCCAUCUUUUAUGUAAACGCGGCUCCUCAUUUAGGACACUUGUAUUCAGCAGUGUCAGCUGACUGCUUACACAGAUAUAAGCUACUAAAGGGAUUCAACUCAAAGUUUGCAACAGGCACAGACGAACAUGGCUUGAAAAUUCAACAAGCUGCGGAUGCUGCAGGGAAAGAUCCACUGACUUUCUGCACCGAUGUGUCAGAAAGAUUCAAAUAUCUCUUCAGCAGCUGCAACAUAUCGUACACAGACUUUAUAAGAACCACUGAGGAGAGACAUCGACAGGCCGUGGAGCAUUUCUGGUCUGUCCUUUGGAACAAAGGGCUCAUCUACAAGGGGAGCUAUGAAGGCUGGUACUCCACACAAGAUGAAAGCUUCCUCACACCACUGCAGGUGACCGAUGCUUUGGACUCGACAGGGAAGGAGAUCAAGGUAUCACUAGAGAGUGGCCAUAAGGUGGAAUGGAUGAAAGAGGAGAACUACAUGUUCCGUCUGUCUGCGUUCCGGUCUCAGCUGCUCGACUGGCUCAGAGUAAAUCCCAGAGCUGUACAGCCUGAGCGUUUCUACCAGACUGUUCUGCAGUGGCUGCAGGAGGACCUACCUGACCUCUCUGUGUCCCGUCAAAGGAACCGUCUCCAGUGGGGGAUCCCAGUCCCCGGAGACCCUGAGCAAACCAUCUAUGUGUGGCUGGACGCUCUGGUGAACUAUCUUACAGUAGCUGGCUAUCCAGAUAAACAUGAGCAGUGGUGGCAUGUGGCCCACCACAUUGUGGGAAAGGACAUCUUAAAGUUUCAUGCCAUCUACUGGCCAUCUUUUCUUCUCGGGGCCGGACUACCACUGCCUCAGACGAUACACGUGCACUCUCACUGGACAGUGGGUGGAAAGAAGAUGUCUAAAAGUUUGGGUAAUGUGGUUGAUCCUCUUGAACGUUCGCAGGUGUUCACAACUGAUGGUAUGAGGUACUUUUUGCUGCGUCAGGGGGUUCCAGACUCAGACUGUGAUUACACAGAUGACAAAGUUAUCACGCUGCUCAACGCAGAGCUCGCUGACUCUUUGGGUGGGCUGCUUAACCGAUGCACAGCUCCUGCUCUAAACCCAGCUCAGGUCUACCCCUCUUUUUGCACUGAGUCUUUCCCCAUUGAACAGAUUGGCAAUAAGGGCAGGGCUGUGGUUGAAGACUACCACAUGUUGAAUGCUAUGAAAAGUCUCCAAGCUUUGGUGGAGCAGCACUAUGAGAGCAUGCACGUGUACAAAGCUCUGGAGGCCAUCACUGCCUGUGUAAGGCAAACCAACGGUUUUGUUCAGCGCCACGCACCCUGGAAGUUGGAUAGAAGGGACAGCAGAGACCAGCGCUGGCUAGACACAAUCAUCCAUGUAUCUCUUGAAUGUCUGAGGAUAUAUGGCACGCUCCUCCAGCCGAUAGUGCCGGAGAUAUCGAACAAGCUACUGUCCAGACUUGGGGUGCAACCAGGUGAGAGGAGCUGGGCAGCUCUGAACUUCCUGCCACGGUUUCAGGGAAUGGACUGUCCAUUUGAAGGUAGAGCGCUGGGGUCUGACUCUGGACUGCUUUUUAGUCGUUUGGAAAGGCCGAAUGUAGAUAAACAAAAAGCAAAGAAAACAAAAAAGCAGCAAAAAUGAUAUGAGUGAUGGUUUUAUGUUCCGUCAACAGUUUCACAGAUAAAAAUAUACAAACUUGCCGUUACCUUCAUCAUUAGAAAUUAUUGAAUUGUUUGAGUUAUAUACACAUCAUAAUGGCUCUGAUUUUGAAUGCCCCUAUGCUUUUUAUGAAAGUCCUUUUUAGCUUUAAAAAGUUUGCAAAAAAAAAAAACCUCACAAGGUACAUUACUGCUGGUAGUUGCUCUGCAGCUUUGUGUUGGAUUAAUGAAGAUUUCCCAGUUGUCAGAACUGUCGAUGUCCAAGUUACAUGUUUCUCAGCAUCUUAAGGACUUUGAGAGCUUCCAAAAAAGACACGACAGAGCUCCAGAUCAGCCACAGAUGGAUGUUGUGGUGAGAUUGUUAUAUCAAUUGCUUUUGUUCUCCUGAAAUUGGUAAGGAGACGCCACAAGACAUUGUCGAAGUACCUUUUGAUUUACUUUGCAGAACCACUCAUCAGGUGUGGAAUACUCAAAUAUUGAGAUUAAAUCCUUUUGAAGUCAGAUAUAUUGUCAUGGAGAUCAUUUUGCCUUACAGAUGCUUUUUUUCACAAAUUGAAAAUUAAAUGCACAUUUAAUGUUCUUGUUUAAACAAACAUGUUAGUCUGAGUUACUUGAAGACAGGAUCAAUUAUACACUGGUCAACCUCGUCCCAUUUUCUUUUAACUGGGGAUGAUAAGUUUACUGAACAUGUAAAUG